AUGGCGAUCACAACAGCAUCUCCCCCCGAAAAAGUUCAAAACAUGAACACCCUACACGCAAAGGACUGGUCCACAAGCAACGAUCCCGCGAAUCCAAGGAACUUCUCUCUACGCCGCCGUGUUCUAAGCACAAUCGCAUAUACUCUCCUGGCAUUUGUCAGUACGUUUGCCGCCUCGCUAUACGGACCUGCAAUCGAAAAUGUCCGCAACGAGUUCAACGUCUCCGAGGAGAUUUCUAUUUUGCSACUUUCCAUGUACAACAUCGGUAUGGCUGCAGGUCCACUGAUUGGGAGUCCGUUGAGUGAGACGGCAGGACGAAAGGUUGUCAUUUUGAUCACGACUCCCAUCUUCGCUCUGUUCAUACUCGGUGCGGGUUUAUCGCAAUCGAUCACGAGUUUGACGAUAUGUCGAUUCUUUGCUGGGGCUUUCGCUGCGCCGGCUAUUGGGAAUGCGAGCGCCACUAUAACGGACUACACUGCAGGCAGGUAUCGAGCGGUUACUAUGAGCUUCUACUAUACCAUCCCGACUUUCGGUGCUAUGCUGGGACCUCUAGUUGGUGGUUUUGUCGUUCAGGGCAAAGGCUGGAGAUGGACACAAUGGACCACAAUCUUCUUCAUCGUGGCUUUCUACAUCCCUGUAUGCUUCACACGAGAGACGUACAAGAAGACCAUACUGCAACGCAGAGCAAAGGCCAUGGGAAUAGAGGGACCUCCGACGAUCCAGCGGACAAUACCACAGUCCAUUCAUUAUUUCACGACAAUUCUCUUUCUCCGACCUGCACACAUGCUAUUGACAGAGCCGAUCGUCUCUCUGGUAUGCCUCUACUGCGGCUUUCUCUUCGGACUCAUGUACACGUUCGUCAUCGCCUCCCCAUGGGUGUACGAGCACUAUUACGGUUUCAACCUGACUGCUCAAUCACUCUCAUUCCUCGGACUUUGCAUUGGGACUGUUUGCGCCCCUUUUCCACUGGUUCUACUAGAUCACUACAUCUACCAACCCCGUCUAAAACUCUUCCGAGCAACCCACCCUUCCGACGAGCGCUUCCCACCCGAGCAUCGUCUCUACCCGGCAAUGAUCGCCGCUCCACUCCUCCCCACAUUCCUCUUCCUCUUCGCAUGGACGGUCCGACCUUCAAUCCACUGGAUCUGUCCCAUUAUCUUCCAAGGACUGGCCAUGAUGAGUUCCGUAGUGAUAUAUGCCCCCUCGAAUUUAUUCAUGAUGGAUGCAUAUGGUCCUCUCUAUGGAGCUUCUGCGGCGGGUGCUGCGAUGUUGUCGAGGUAUACCCUCAGCGCUGCGUUUCCAUUGUUCAGCUUGCAGAUGUAUCAGAGCUUAGGGGUAGGCUGGGCGACGAGUAUUCUGGCAUUCUUCACUGUUGCAAUGGCGCCUAUUCCGUGGAUGUUUUGGAGGUAUGGGGAGAGGGUGCGGAGACAUACUAAGUAUGAGACUAGUGCAUGA